CAGAGGCCAUGAGGCUGCCCCUGCCACUUGUGCUGCUGUUGGGGUGCAGGGCUAUCCUGGGGGAACUUGGGGCUUCGUUUUCAGCUACUGCCCCACAGCUGGAUGAUGAGGAGAAGUACUCGGCCCAUAUGCCUGCUCACCUACGCUGUGAUGCCUGUCGGGCUGUGGCCUACCAGAUAUGGAAACACCUGGCAAAAGCAGAGGCCAAGUUUCAUGCUCCAGACUCCAGUGGGCGGCAGGAGCUGAGUGAGUCUAUAUACAUGGAUGUCUUGGAUCAGAGCUGCUCUCAGAACUGGCAAGACUAUGGGGUCCAAGAAGUAAACCAGGUGAAACGUCUCAUGGGCCCAGGACUUGGCCAAGGACAAGAGCCAAGCAUCACUGUGAUGAUCACUGGGGGACCCUGGCCCACCAGGCUUUCCACGACAUGUUUCCACUACUUGGGAGAGUUUGGAGAAGACCGGAUCUAUGAGGCCCACUGUCAAGGCCUUGGGGCUCUAGAGGCACUGCUGUGUGGGGGCACCCAGGGGUCCUGCUCAGAAGAGGUCUCAACUACAAGGGAGGAGCUUUAGUCUAAAACUCUUUUUGCCCCUGAGGGCAAGAUGGACACCUCUGGAUUUUCCCUAUUCUUUUAUUCUUUGUAGUUUUUUUUUUUUUUUUUUUU